AUGGCUCAUGCAUUUACACUGUUUCCAGACGAUCCCUCUGGCUACACGAAUGGCCUCAAGUCGGACGACAGAGCCAAAUAUCCCAACACUCCAUUUUUCCAAGGUCCGCUAAAAGUUUCCCGAGUAGAAUGCGACGUCUUCGAGCUCGAGACGUCUGGGGAAAUCCCCAAGGACAUCAACGGCACGUUCUACCGCGUGCAGCCCGACCCCCAGUUCCCGCCCAUGUUCGAAGAGGAUGUCAACUUUAGCGGUGACGGAAACGUGACGGCGUUCAUCUUUCAGAAUGGUCACGUCGACUUGAAGCAGCGAUACGUGCAGACCGACCGGUUCAAGGCCGAGAGGCAGAACCGCAAGGCUAUGUUUGGGAAAUAUCGUAACCCGUACACGGACAGUGAAAUGGUCAAGGGCAUCAUCCGGACGGUGUCGAAUACCAACAUUUACUUUUGGCGCGGUGCCUUGCUGGCGUCUAAAGAGGAUGGCCCUCCGUACGCCAUGGAUCCGACGACGCUGGAGACCAUCGGGCGGUAUGAUUUCGAAGGACAGAUGAAGGCUCCCUGCUUCACGGCUCACCCCAAGAUUGACCCUGAAACGGGUGAAAUGGUCGCAUUCGCCUAUGAGGCAGGUGGCGAUGCGCACGAUGCCUCGUGCGAUAUCGUCGUCUGGACAUUCGAUCCCGUCACGGGGAAGAAGACCGAAGAGACGUGGUACAAGGCUCCCUUUUGUGGCAUGAUUCAUGACUGUGCCUUGACCAAGAACUACCUCAUCCUUCCCAUGACUCCCAUCGUGGCGGAUCUCGAGCGGAUAAAGAAGGGUGGUAAUCACUGGGCCUGGGACCCUACGAAGGAUCAGUGCUACGGAAUUGUACCGCGCAGAGGUGGAAAGCCUGAAGACAUCGUCUGGCUUCGGGCUGACAAUGGCUUCCACGGCCAUGUCGCUGGUGCGUACGAAGAUGAACAAGGGCAGAUCGUCUGCGACUUGACAGUAGCAGACGGCAACGUCUUCUUCUGGUGGCCACCCGACAACGCCGGCCCCGACGCCGUCCAAAAGUCCCUCCCCCAACGGCAACGCCUAAUAUCAGACACCUUCCGCUGGGUAUUUGACCCAAAGAGUCCCACAGAUACUCGCGUCACUCCCUUCAAGCUCUACGGGACCAAUGGCGAAUUCUCCCGCAUCGACGACCGUUUCGUGACGAAGCGAUAUAGCCAUUUUUGGCAGUUGCAGUCUGACAAGACGCGCCACUACGAUAUCCAGAAGUGCGGACCUCCUGCGGGAGGCCUCUGGAACGUCAUCGGCCACUACAACUGGGACACGGGCGUCAAAGAUGAGUAUUUCGCCGGACCUACCUGCACUUUCCAGGAGCCCGUAUUCGUGCCCAAAGCAGGCGAGAGUGCCGAGGGCGAGGGCUAUCUCAUGGCUCUCCUCAACCAUCUCGACGUGCAGCGCAACGACUUGGUAAUUUUCGACGCUCUUAACCUCGCCAAGGGGCCGAUUUGUGCGCUUCAUCUGCCUGUGAGGAUGAGGAUGGGACUUCACGGAAAUUUCGUACCCCAGAACGACAUUGACGACUGGAAUAAGCGGAGGCAAGGGGAUGAGGGACCGGUACGGAUUGCCACGGAACCGUUGGCGUGGCAGGCGAAGCUAGCUCAGGAAAGGGGGGCAAAUGGGGUCAAUGGCUCCGGUUGA